AUUAAUAGAGACGCAUUUAGAUAUAUUUGAAAAGUACAACAUGGUGCUACAGAAAAUCAUAUUGUUUUUGUUGAUUCCAAUCGUUACAAGCGAUGGGCUUCCAUUUGACCUACAGUCGCUGCAAAUGGCGAUUGACACCUUGACGUUGCAGGUUAUGGAACUUCAAGUACCGAAAACAAGGCACUUCUUUCCUCCAUUUAGAUGGGAUGAAGAACAAGGAAUGUGGCCAAGUGAUGUCAAGCUAAACUUCCACGGUUACCCAGAAAAUGCAUUGUUCAGAGACCUUUUCGGGAUAUUCGACAACAAUAUGUUCGCGACCACCUACAUUAUGGCUUGCCUGAUUGAAGGACGGCGGUAUAUCAACAGCACCACGUAUGGACCGACACAUGAAGAAAUGACCAAUGGUUUAAAUGCCAUUAAAAACCAUCAUGAUAUGAACGUGAACUAUUCCAACUCACUGAUGACCUUCUGGCCUCAGACAUACAACGAUACUCUUGGAGCUUACAACAGUUACCCAGUCAACCUCAAUGACCUCAUCAGAAUGACUGACGCCAUGCCACUGAAUGCAACGUAUGCGUUUCUCGAGAAGCUGGGUCUAAAAAAUGUUGAGGGGAUCAUCAAAGUCUUAAUGGAAAUCAGACGCGGUUACACACAGGCGUUUCACAUCCCCCCGGACUUCGAUGACAGCUUCCUGAACAUUGGUCUUGGUUCCAUCUUGUCAGAGAUGUCCCACCUGUACCCGACCUACGACAAGAUGUGGAGAGGCCACAACACCAAUCUCACGUCUGUGUUCGACGCCCUUAAGCACUACGCCUACAGGCCGUUCUCUGGGAACCAAAGGGUAAACACCAUCGACCCCAGGACGUACUACUACUUGCGACAGUGGUUGCAGCAGGAGAAACAGGCCGGACACGAUGUAGCCUUAGUGCCGACAUGGAUCCAGGACACUGACGAGGUACGCAUUUGGUUCGACAAGGGAGUCAUGAUGCCGUUUAACGUCAACAACAUUGACGUCACUGUGUGUGCCAACUUCAUAUUUGGUGUCACCAAUGGAAUCAUUAAUGGGCUCUUUCAACCAUCGCUGUUGGAUGAUCCCGAAAUAAUGCAAAUCUAUAAUGAUACAUCUCGGAUGAUCACUUUCCAAGUCCAGACCAACUUCUCUGACCGAGCAGACCUGGCGUUGACGUACUACCCCUCUGUCACUGAGUUCUACUGGUUUGUGGCCAGGACGUACAACAAACUCCAGGAAACCCUGGACAGGACAGGAUCGCUGCCUCACAAGGGAAUGGAACAGGUGCUUGUGGAGUUCAAGCGUGUACUGAGAACAUACGCUAGCCCCAGGGUUGUGGCUCAAGGCCACUCAGGUUCUCAUGACGGCUAUGACGUCAUCUACUAUGACGACUUCAUUGGCAAUGCAGACAAAACAUAUGAAAAUCAAAGUGUGAACAACGCAGAGGACCGUAUAUUCACGACCUCCAUGGCCCUGAACGCCCUACUGACCACCUGGACAACACAAGACCAGAAUAGCGAGAAGGUCAUCUGGGAUAAAGAUACACCUGCUGAUGUAAAGACUACAGUUGAAAGAAUCGUCACCUGGUUGUAUUAUUUCGGUUUGUUUGCUGGGUUCGAACCGUGGAAUGCAUUUUUCUCCGGCUCCUACAAGGGAGUUACAACGGAAUCAUUUCUGUAUCCGAUGAACCGACUGGAACUGUUCAACGGCACAAGAGUCAACACCACUCUUCAUGCCAAUGGUCAUAUCAUUAUGGGAGUUGAAGACGUCAUACCAGAAGAGGAAUACCAAGAAAAGAUGAAGCAUAUCUGGGGUCGCUACCACACACCAACCGUCUUUCACGGCUACAACGCCAACGCCGAGUUCUUCCCCUUCUGGUCCUCGGACGCCUACACCUACGUCAUCCAGAUGCUGGGACUAGGGAAGUACGCGAGGACGAUGGAUUAUUAGUGUAUGGAAUGUACAGUCUGAUUGAUUAAAUAUUGCAACUGGU